CAGCCGCCGUGCUGCUGGCCGUGGGCGGCCAGUUCCUCUUCUGCUGGUUGCCCUACUUCUCCUUCCAGCUGUACACGGCGCUGAGCACUCGGCCCUUGGCCGGGCCUGCAGCUGAGACUGUGGUCACCUGGCUGGGCUUCUGCUGCUUCACCUCUAACCCCUUCUUCUAUGGCUGCCUCAACCGGCAGAUCCGUGGCGAGCUCGGCCGGCUCCUCACCUGCUUCUUCAAGCAGCCCCCCGAGGAGGACCUGCGGCUGCCGAGCCGCGAGGGCUCCAUCGAGGAGAACUUCCUGCAGUUCCUGCAGAGCACUGGGCGCCCACCGGAGCCCCCCAACGCCGAGCGGGACCUGCCCCCUGUGGAUUUCCGCAUCCCGGGGCAGAUCGAGGAGGAGGCAGCCGAGGCCAGGGAGUGGGGAGGGGGCAGCGGAGUGUUCGUGCCUGUGGCGGGCUCUGCCAAAGCGGGGCUGUAGCGUUUGGGGGUUUGGGGUAAACGUGGCUCUGAGGGGAGACAUGGUCACCGUGACUUGUUGGGGAGGGCUUCGUCACUGCCAUGGAGGAUUGGAGGUCCCAAAAUGCUCACUGGGCUGGGGGUACCAUGCUGCCAUGGAGGGUGGGGAUCCUCACUGCA